UUGUACGUAAAUGCGUGUCCAUGAUCAUCUUGGUCGUUGUAGUCACAUUACAUCAUAAUGUCACACCGUGGUUUAAAAAAACGCAAGACUUGUACUAUUUUGGAGAUGCUCGUAGUUACGACAGUUCACACAGUACUGCCUGUAGUUAUUACUAUUAAAAUAUCAGUUUGACAUGUGUCAUGUAUAUAUAUAUAUAUAUAAGGGGAAGAAUAAAACUGUUUUGAGAUGCUCAUAUUUGCGACAAUGCACAAUUUACGGCGGCUGCAAAUCACAAAACCUUCCCGUUUCUAAACGUUCAGCAUUUACUUUAGUUGAAUUGAACACACUAGUAAUAUGGAAAAGUCUCUCGGUCUCCAUCUCUAAAUCUGCCUCGGGUUUUUUUUCGGGGACUUUUCGUGUCGUUUGAAGGACUUCGUAGCUAAAGCUAAGUUAGCCGCGACAAUCUUCGUUCAGCAAAACAUCUCUGGUGACCGCCGAUCGUCGUCCGUGUUUACAGCAGCAUUUAUUGACUCUGCGAGCCGUGCAGCGGUCUCAUCGUCAAAAUGGGAGAACGAAAAGGAACAAACAAGUACUAUCCACCGGACUUCGAUCCGGCUAAGCACGGCUCUCUCAAUGGAUACCACAAAACACACGCCCUGCGGGAGCGUGCAAGGAAGCUGUCCCAGGGCAUCCUCAUCAUCAGGUUUGAAAUGCCGUACAACAUCUGGUGUGACGGCUGCAAGAACCACAUCGGCAUGGGAGUCCGAUACAAUGCAGAGAAGAAGAAAGUGGGCAACUACUUCACCACUCCAAUCUACAGGUUCCGGAUGAAGUGCCACCUGUGCGUCAACCACAUCGAGAUGCAGACGGACCCGGCCGCCUGCGACUAUGUCAUCGUCAGCGGCGCCAGCAGGAAGGAGGAGCGAUGGGACAUGGCCGACAACGAGCAGAUACUCACCACCGAGCGUGAAGAGAAGGAGAAGCUGGAGACGGACGCCAUGUUCAAGCUGGACCACGGCGGGAAGGACAAGGAGAAGCUGAACAAGGCUUUGCCCUCACUACUGGAGCUCCAGGACCACCAGGCCGCAUGGAAGGAUGACUUCCAGAUCAACAGUGCCCUGCGCAGGAAGUUCAGGACGGAGAAGAAGGUGAUGGUGGAGAAGGAGGAGAAGGACGAUGCGGUGCGGACGAGGACCAACCUGAGCAUCCCGCUGCUGCCCGAGCGCGCCGAGGACAUGAGGCUGGCGGCGUUGCUCAGCUUCCAGACGCCAGACUCGUACGACGACAAGCAGCGCAGCAAACGCCAGGAGAUCUCCUCACGCUCGUGGUUCAACUCCACUCCAGGGGGUACCACCACCACCACCACCACCUCCGGGGGUCUGCUCCACAAGUUGGGACUGCAGGGCAAAGAGGCGGCCGUGGCCAAAGCUCUGGGACCCUCACGGACCCCCCUAAUCCGCAGGAAGUCGGACCCCCAGGAAGCGCCGUUGUCAUCGUCGUCACGGGAAGUCGUUACUACUGAGCAGGACGCAAGUGCGGCAAGUUUGGGCUCCCUGGUGCCCAACUACAGCGACUCGGACUCGGACCACGGGCACUGACAGCAAGUAAACCACGCUGACUUAUUGAUGCCUUUCCGCCACUGUAGGAAUGCAGAGUGUUCCGUCCGGACAUUGGUGACGCCUCAGCGCAAACAGGACGUCCUGAUAACUUUGACUCCCAUUGAUUUUUUUAUUUUGUAUUUAUUUUCUCUUUUCUUUUUUCUUUUAAACUCCCAGGAAACUGAACUAAACAGCUGUUUGCUCUUUUCAAAACCAACCUACAGGAAAUGACACUGAACAAAUUGACUGAUGUUGUGGAUUUAGUGUACUUAACAGUGUCCACCAGGCCACCAUGUAAAAUAAAUGCCAGAAAAUUAUUUGAAACAUGGCAGUUCUCAGUCUUUAGUCCAAAAUGAGUUAAAUAAAAUGUAUUUGUUUUUGUUUGA